AUGAAACGAAAAAAUUGGAAUCCUGAUUCUACCGACAUGCAAACCGUCGUCCCCAUUCAUAAUUCCGUUAAUGAAAGAACAUGGCGUCAUAUCAUGUUAUGGGAAGAAGCCAAUCAUGAAGAAGCUAUGGCCAAAUGCGGUGGGAUUACAUUGACUAGUUUUAAAGGAGAUCUGAAGAAAUUAACCCCUAGAGCAUGGAUAAAGUCGGUGAUUGGACAGGAGAAGCCGUUUGAUAGACAUGAUUGGGUGAUUGAUAGAUGUGGGACUAGAGUUGAAUAUGUGAUUGAUUUUUAUAGCGGAGGUUCUGAGGGUGUAUUUUUGGAUGUGAGACCAAAAAUACAGACUUGGGAAGGGUUUAAAUUAAGAGUAGGUAGAGCUUUGGGAUGGAAUUAG